AGCCUCAGCCGGGCUUGGCGUGGGUGGCGGGCCACAGGCUGGCUGAUCAGGCCAUGGCGGCCACCAUCUCAGGUGACAAGUCCUGCCCUGAGAAGUUCACAGCAGCUGCUGACCUUGUGCUUAGUAGCUACCAGCAGGACUUCCUCUGGCCUGUUCUGGUGGCUGAGUUCCUGGUGGCCAUGGCUGGCAAUGGCCUGGCCCUGUACCGCUUUGGCAGUCGCGAGCAGCGGCCCUGGAACCCAGCUGUGGUCUUCUCUGCCCAGCUGGCCAUCAGCAACCUGCUCUAUGCCCUGACGCUGCCCCCGCUGGCCGCCUACUUCUACCCACCCAAGAACUGGCGCUAUGGGGACAUUGCCUGCCGCCUGGAGCGCUUCCUCUUCACCUGCAACCUGCUGGGGGGUGUCAUCUUCAUCACUUGUAUCAGCCUCAACCGAUACCUGGGCGUUGUCCACCCCUUCUUCACCCGCAGCCACCUGCGGCCCAAGCAUGCCUGGGCCAUCAGUGCCACUGGCUGGGCCCUGGCAGCCCUGCUGGCCGCCCCCAUGCUCAGCUUCUCCCGCCUAAAGAGGCCUCAGGAGGGAGCAGGUCCAUGCAGCACAAACAGGCCUGAGGCCUGCAUCAAGUGCCUGGGGACAGCAGAUGACCACCAGCUUGCAGCCUACAAAGCCUACAGCCUGGUACUGGCAGGGCUGGGUGGUGGCGUGCCACUAUUGCUUUCCCUGGUGGCCUAUAGUGCCCUGGGGUGGGCCGUUUUUCGCAGCCAUGGUAUGACAGCAGGCGAGAAGCUGCGUGUGGCAGUGCUGGUGGCCAGUGGUGUAGUCCUCUACGCCAGUUCCUACAUGCCCUAUCACAUUACACGGGUGCUCAAUGUGGAUGCCCGGCAGCGCUGGUACACCCGCUGCCCAGGCUUUGCAAAUGAGACCCAGGCUAGGGGGGCGCUGGAGCUGGGGCCCUAUCUGGGCUUCCAGGUGAUGCGGGGCCUUGUGCCCCUGGCCAUCUGCAUACAUCCCCUGCUCUACAUGGCUGUGGUGCCCAGCCUGAGCUGUUGUCGCCAAAACUGCCCACAGUGUGUCGGAGGCCACCCAGAAGACAAGACUGCUGGCCAAGACCUGUCUCUUGAUAAUGACAAUCUCCGAACCCCAGAACCCCAGGCCUCUGAGCUGAGCCUGUGACCCGCCUGCUCUCGCCACCAGGCACUGGGACAGGACUAGAGUGAGAACCAGAGCACAGCAGGCAUCGGCCCUGACGCACCAAGAGGCCGCUGAGCUGCCACUGCCUCCCUAGAGCAAGGCCUGUGCCCCUGGCCAGGGUGGGACAGCUGGAGCCCAGGCCAGCACACGAUGGAUUCCUCACCCACAGCACCCACCCAAGAAGGCCCCACGGGUUUAGGGGGCCAACACCAGCCUGGAGAGCUGGUGCCAUCACCCCAGGGAGGAGGCGCGCGAGAAUGAGGAGGACACACGUGGGUGCUUUGAGCCUUUUAAUGCCCUUGGAGUCCCCUGCUCUUGGAGGCUCCUUUCCGUCACAGAGGUCUAGGCUGGACAGCAGUGGCAGUGGUGACAGGUGGCUCAGUUGGUUGAUGGCCUAGAGAAGGAGGAAGUAGUGAGGACAACAAAAUGCAGGACGUGAUGGCACCGCAAGACCCCCCCCACCGCAAACAGCAGGGCUCUGGGGGAGGCCAGGCAGUGUGGUGGCAGGGCACACGAGGAGUCAGGCUAUGGGUCACAAGCUGGGCCCUGCCUGCCAGACUGGUGGUGGGUCCCAGGCAAGGCAGCUGUCUGUCACUAAUGUCUGAUGGCCUCUCUGCCAGAAUUUUUAGAAAAAUGACAAUAAAGGAAGGGCAGUUCAAAA